UUUUUAUUUCGAUCAAAUUAUUAGCCCCUAAAUACAAAAGGAAUAUGUCGUCUGCUGUUGAACAGACUGAUAAAUCUCACACAUCAAGCUCCCAGACCGGAGCAUCUUCGGCUAAAAAUGGACAAUCAACUCGACGACGGAGAACACGGAUGGUGAAUGAAAAAAAGAUAGCCGACGACGAGUUUAUGGCUGCAGCUAUAGGUGAUGUAGAAUGGCUAAAGCAGAGUCUAAAGGACAGUGGGUCCAUAUCCAAUUUUGAUAAGAAUGGAUUAACAGCAUUUCACCUAGCUGCUAUACAUGGCCGUUUAGAUUGUCUCAAACUGUGUGUAGAAAAGUUUAAGUUUGAUAUUAAUCAAGCCAGUUCUACAGGUUGGAGACCAGUUCACUUGGUAAUCAGUAAUCAAACUGGAAAAAGAGCUUUACAGUGUUUAAAAUAUUUGUUAGAGAAAGGUGCCAACCCAUCUGUAACUAAUGAUGACCUUAUAACCCCAGUCCACCAAUCAGCUAGUGAAGGUCACGUUCAGUGUUUAAAGUUAUUAAUAGAAAAUGGGGCUUGUGUUAAUAGCAAGGAUUGCCGUGGAAAUACACCAUUAGAUCUAUCUAAACUUUGGAGUCAUAGAAAAUGUGGCAGAAUUCUGGCAGCAGAAAUUUGGCACCAAGAAAAAGACCAUGUUGCCAUGGAAAUGAAUCAGUUACAGAAGGUAAAGAUGCAACAAGUACUGAAAGACCUUGAAGAAGAAGAAGAACGACAUACUUCUCAGGAGUUUUAUGGACAACAGGCUUUCAAAGACUGGCUAGCUUCUAGAAACCUAGAAGAGAGACCUACUGGACCUACUGGUAGGAAGACAGAAAUGGACUAUAAUUAUGACGAAAGUGCAAGAGAGACCAAUAGCCCCGACAAACAUCCCUUGAUGAAACCAAAUAGUAAGGCCCCACCAAGAUCAAAUAGUCAGCUCCGCACACCAACAAGUCGUGAGCCAACUCAAAGUCCAGGUAAAGAAAAGACGUCUAUGUCUUUAAAACGGGAUCCAACCUACAACACAGAGUAUACUUUUGAGUUUGAAGAAGAUGACGAUGAAAAUUUUGAUGGACAAGGAAACAAACCUCAGGUUGCAGGUUCUCCGGAGAAACGUACAAAGAGCAAGUUGAUCCUGGCCAAACAUGACAGUCCAUGGACACUUACAACAGCUACCAAUGUACCCAAACCUGAAUAUUUGCCUCACCUUAAAGAUGAAUAUCCGCGCGAUGAAUUCACAUUAAUGCCAAAAACAAAACCUGAGCAGAAAUAUUAUGAUGGUAAACAUGCUGGACCUAAAGAACUGAAGAAAGAAAAAUCUGCCUCAGCCAAGGCCAGAGCAAUUGACCUUCCCAAAGAUGUACAAGACAAGGUUCUGUCACGAGAUCCAUCCAUUCUUGAACGACCAAUAUUAUUUAAACCCAAACACGUCAUUGACUUACCAACUAAGAAAAAACUGGAAGAGGAAGUUAAACCCAGAGAUGAGGUAUCAUUACAUCUUUGUAGUGAUGUGUCAUCCAUUUUGUUUAAGAACAGUUUAAAAAUGAAACCACCAUCUUCUGCUAAAAGCAGUUCAUCUGGUCUCAGUAAAGCUACUGAUUGGACCAGUGAAGAUUUCCCUUCUGCAAUGGUGGCUCAAGCGAUGAAACAGAUGGCAAAGUCAAAUUAUUUUCCUAAAACAAGUGGUUCAGGUAUUAAAAUCUAA